UGAUACUAUCUUUGGUUCAAACCGGAACAUGGCGGCUGUUUAGAUCGAAGUGAGCACUGAGCAGCUGAGAGGAUUUUCGUCAACAAAAACUACGAUUUCCAGCAAUAAGACCGCCCACGUUUCCAGAUAGUAUUUCUCUGUACCCAUAAUUAUUAAUUAGUAAGCUGAGAAUGGAUUUUGGACUUCAACUGACAUGUAAACUCAGAUGUGAAAGUGUGGACAUGGAGCAGAAUUACGCACGCACGUGCACAGCCGUACCACCAUGGAGGUGGCCGUACUCGCCCAGUCACGUCACUGCAUGCACUCUGUAUGUCACGUCGCGAACACAAGCUGACUGCAUUAACUUUACUGUUCGAUGAAGUUUAUUCCCCCACGAAUCCACAGUGUUUCAUUUUCCAACUUCCAAGAGGCAGAUUUAAGUGUCAUCUGCCACGUUGAACGCUGGUCUGGUGGCACUCUGGGUGGGCGCGCUGUGUGUCUGGUACAAGGAAAUCCAUGCAGCCACCAAAGCGGUCUACUAUUCUGGGAGCCACAGCAUGAGGGCGCUCUUGACCAAGUCAUAUGGGAGUGAUGUGCCGAUGGUGUGCGAGACACACCCCAGGCCUGAGGUGGUCUUACCACACGAUGUGCUAGUGAGAGUCCAUGCAACAACCAUCAAUCCCAUUGACAUCAAGAUGAGGGAAGGAUUUGGAAAGAGAAUAUUAAACUUUCUCCGCAGAAAGCUGAAGAUAGCCGCUGGCGAUGGCAAGAGUUUCCUCUGAUUUUUGGCAAAGAUUUCUCCGGUGUUGUGGAGGCAGUGGGGAAGUCCGUGUCAAAGGUCAAAGUAGGUGACGAGGUGUGGGGAGUCCUGUCUAUUGUCCCACUACCUGGCACCUUUGCGGAGUAUGUCCUCGUCAAGGAAGGACUUGUAACCCAGAAGCCUAGCUCACUUACUCAUGUCCAGUCAGCGGCCUUAACCUUCGCUGCCAUGACAACCUGGGGAGCACUGGUGAGAGCUGCUGGUCUGUCCUCAGGAAAUACUGCCGGUAAACGUGUUCUUGUUCUCGCUGGCACUGGGGGUGUCGGUUCCUUCGCCAUCCAAUUAGUGAAGGCCUGGGGAGGUCAUGUGACCACCAGCUGCAGCACCAGUGGUCAAGAGUUUGUGAAGAAGCUGGGAGCAGAUGAGGUUGUGGAUUAUUCGAAGACAGAUCUGGAGAGCGCCCUCAAAGACAAGCCGAGGUUUGAUGUGGUCCUAGAUAGCCUCGGUCCGCGCUCCUACCAGACCUGUCUGAAUCUCUGCAAGCGAGGAGGCUGUAUGGUCACUUUGAUCUCACCCCCCAUGAUGACUUUGGACAAGUAUGGCCUUCUGCUGGGCACCCCUAAGAUCAUGUAUGACCUGUACCGCAUCAGCAUCCCACAGAAGUUGUUCCACGGGAGAACUUUCAAGUACGGCUUUUUGGCUCCGAGUGCUGAAGGUUUGGAUGUUGUUGCUGGUUUGGUGGAACAAGACAAGAUCAAGCCGAUUGUGGAGAAAGUGUUCAAUAUGGAAGAUUGCAACGAGGCCCUGGAACAUGUACGAAAAGGACACGCCAGGGGUAAGACUGUACUGCUUAUGAAACCUGAUGAAUAGUGAAACUGCUUUGCAUAUGCAAAUGUUUGUAAAUAAGGAGGGCAGUAGGCCCUGGAACAGGUGUUAAGAGAAUACACCAGGAAGAAGAUAUGGUUUGCUGUUGAUUAAGCAUAUAUAAUUAGGUUGCUUGAAUAUGCAAAUGCAUGCAAAUAUAGAAGGGCCAAUAGCUGUAGAACAUAUUGCUACAUAGAUUUUAAGUUCUAAUGCUUUCAGAUGGAUAUUAGUCCUUAUUUUAUUUUAUCCGGUUUGUAAGUGACUUCAUCACAAAGUUGGACGCGCCAUGAUUUAUAUAAAUAAUGAAUAAUUGAAAUGAUGGUAUUGGAAUGUGAACUGGGUGUUUAUUGAAUGUCAUAGUGCUUGAUAUGAUCAGAGCCAAAAAUAAAUUGCAGGAAAGAAUACAUGUAAAUCUAUCCUUUAUUUUUUUUUGUAGUCAACAACUAUUUAAGUAACAGAGUAAUUUGCCAAAGGUGAUUUUAAAAAUGAUUUGAAAACGUGUUGAAAUGUUUGAGUAUCGUAGUGCUUAAUUUUAUCUGUAGUAAUAAUCAUCUGCAUAAAAGAAUAUCAAAUGUAAUGGCAAAUUUUGAAUUUAUGUAUAUACUGAUGAACGUGACUACUUUGCAUAUGCAAAUAAGAUGUAAAGUAGGAAGCCCAUAGUUCUCUUCACUAAUUAAUUCAUAAAUGUGCAAGCAUGCGCACAAAUGGCCUUGGCAGCGAGAAGUGUGAGCCGGCCAUUGAAAAUGUGCAAGGGCGCGACUUUCAUCAUUUUCUCUCGGGUUUUCUGGCUCUAAGUUCCUUUUCUUCAGAUUGGUUUUUGCUAUGAAGCAGCAUGAAAGGAGACCUGCUUAGAUACGGCAAUCUUGUGCGCACAAGAAAAAUCACAAGUGAAAAGUCCUUUUCAGUGGUCCGCUUACACUUCUUGCUACCAAGGCCAUUCGUGCACAUGCGUGCAAAAUUAUGAAUUUAUUAAUGUCAAUGUCUGUUGGCUCUGGAGCAGAUGUAGACGACAAACUAGGAAGACUGUCAUAUUUUUGAAAUAUGAAUAAUGCAGCUGCUUUGAAUAAGUAUUCAGACAUAUGCAAAUAGAAGAGACUGUACCUUCGGGAAGGAGUUUCACGUAGUUUAAGAUGCAGUGCAACAGUAAUAGUGCAUAGCAAUAGUAGAUCGCAUGGAAUGUAGAAAACUGAAAAAUGUUUUAUUUUUCCAAAGAUGAUUAGAAAUCAUGGUGAAUGUAUUGAAAAUGUAUAUUUUAGUAUGCACUAAGCACCACAGAACUUGUGUUGAUAAUAAAUUGUAUGAAAGGCCCCACAUGCAUCUGUUAA